CCUCUAGUAUUGUUGUCAGCUGGUGGCAACAAGACGGGAAUUGAAGAGGAAGGAUGGGGGAUAAAAAAUUCAUGAGGAAUUGGUAGCCCUCUCUUGUAAGAAUGUCUCGCAAAGAGACACCAACUACGGCUGGCCAGAGGGCUGGGCCUGAAGGGGGGUCAGAGUCACAGGUGUCCUCACCAAGUGAAGAUUGCAAGUUUGUCAAUGCUGCCCACCCAGAAGCUGUGCUUGGUGGAUUGAAUGACUUGCGGAAAAAAGGACACUUUUGUGACGUGACCUUAUGUGUAGAUGGGCAAACAUUCCCUGUACACAGAUCAGUGUUGGCAUCAUUCAGCCCCUACUUUAGAGCUAUGUUUUUGAGCAGCUUAGCAGAAUCUCAAUCAGAGCACGUAACCUUAAGUGGAGUAGAUGCGAAUAUGGUCUCCAUACUAUUAGACUACGCAUAUACUUCUGCAAUAACAAUCACAGAGAGCAAUGUUCAGGCCCUCCUAAGUGCAUCAAAUCUAUUGGAAGUAUCUGCUGUGAGAGAGGCAUGCUGCCGAUUCCUGGAACGUCAUAUUGAUGUCUCAAAUUGUGUUGGAAUCCAUUGCUUUGCCGAAGCACAUGCCUGUCAUGAGCUCACCAAGAAAGCCAAAGCCUAUACAUUAAGAAAUUUCACAAAUGUGGUUGUGGGAGAAGAAUGGUUGAGUCUCCCUGUCGAAAAGGUCGUCGAGAUCAUUUCUGCAGAUGAGUUGGAGGUGGAAAGGGAAGAGCAUGUGUUUGGAGCUGCCACAGCUUGGCUUCACCAUUCCUACCAAGCAAGAGCACCUACUUUCCAUAAGGUCUUGGAGAAUGUGAGACUAGCCCUUGUUAGUCCUUAUUUUUUAGUGGAUGUUGUGGAAGGAGAAAUGGCCGUGAGAUCCUCGCCGGAGUGCCGUGUGAUAGUGGAGGAGGCGAGGCUCUACCAUCUCCUUCCCGACAGACGCCACCAGCUGACAUCCCCGAGAACGAGACAUCGAAGGAACACGAACACAACGACUGUAAUUGUGGCAGUGGGCGGUGAGGAUAACAAACUAGUGUUGCGAUCAGUUGAAUGUUACGACCCACAUGCUCACUGCUGGAGGAGUCUCUCUUGUCUGCCGUUUGCCGUGAGUAAACAUGGACUAGUUGUUUCUGGAGAAAAUGUUCUGUAUUUAGCGGGUGGUGAAUUUCCUGAUGGCACUGUCACACGGUGUAUGUGGCGCUAUGAUCCUGUGUUAGACGAGUGGCAUGAUCUAGCUCCUAUGUCAAUGCCAAGAUCUGAAUUAGGAGCUGCCUCUCUCGAUGGAUAUAUUUAUGCUGUAGGUGGAUGGGAUGGGUCCAGCAGAUUGGACUCUGUGGAACGUUAUGAUCCACGGACAAACUCAUGGAAGGAAGUUGCCCCAAUGAAGUUGUCCCUCACAUCACCAGCUGUGGCCGCCUGCCAAGGAAAGCUGUAUGUUUGCGGAGGGGCUAUCUUAGAGGAUGGAGAUGGCAUUGACAUGGCUCAAGUGUAUGACCCUCACACAGACACGUGGGAGCAACUUCCUUCAAUGAUCAUUCCUCGGAGUGGUUCAGCAGCAGCAGUUCUUCAUGGACUCAUUUAUAUCAUUGGAGGAUGGCAUGCUUCAACAGAAAAUACAAAUAAAGUAGAGAGGUUUGAUCCAAGAACCAGUACAUGGCAGACUGUGGCCGGCAUGUGUGAACGCCGCUAUAGACCAGGUGUAGCAGUGGUUGACAGUAAGAUCUACAUACUUGGAGGAGAGGAUGGUUGGGAGCACUUCCAUGACACCAUUGAAUCUUACAGCCCCACAGAAGAUAAAUGGACUCCUAUCGGUGAAAUGCUGACAGGCAGAUCGUGGCUUUCCUGCGCACCACUCAGGAUCAAAAAGGAGAUUUUAGGCGACUUGGCGACACCCCUGUCUUGACAUCCACGAGCCUCCACCAAUCAGGCACGACAAACACUUUGGAAGUAGAUGGAGCAACCUCCAACUCUUUCGAUCCUGUAGAUUUUUACAAUAAGGAUGUGUUUGUUCUUUCUGAAGAUAGUUAUUUUAGAUCUAAGAGCAUGAUGUGUGAAGGGACUUUACUGCAUUGUCAGGUUGACAAAGAGUAAAAAAUCAUAGUGAAUGAAUAUUGGAAAACAUGAAGGAUGCAGAACUUUUAGUAUGUUUAUGAGGUAUAGAAAAAGGGAAAGAUCAUUGCAGAAAAAUGAUAAUGUGUUCCACACACACAACUCAUAUGCUCUUUUCAUUGGUGGAGGCUCAAGAACCCGGCAUUGGUGUGGAAGGGGGUGACCCAAAGGGCAAGCUGGAUGCUUUUUCUCAUUCUGGAAUAUAAGUUCAUCCUGUUUUGUUCUUUUCCUUUGUAUAUUCUUGUCUGUUCAUAUUCUUUCUUAUCUUAUCUAUUUCCUUUUCUGUUUCAGUUCAUGUGUAUUUAUUAUUAUGAUUAUUUUACAAGACAUAUUGCACAUUAUACAUCCCUGUUAGUAGUGUUUAUUAUUGGUUUAUUCUUACGAAAAUGGAAUAAAAAACCUGAUCCUAUGUUUCUAUCUGUUCCAUUUUAUGUGAAUGGAAUUCAUUAUAUUUGAUAUGUGAUGUGUAUUGUGUCUUGUGUAUUUAUUUAUUCAUAUUAAUUGUAUUCAGAGAAUGACUAAUUUUCUUUUACCUUUUUAUGUUUCUCCUUUUCUUUUAUUCUCUCUCUCUUUCCCCUGCCUGCUCACAAAUUAUUUUGCAAUUAAGGAAAAUAGAGAGAGAGAAAAACAGUGCAAAUUGCAGCUCUCUUUUGUAGUCUUAUAAGCUUUAUUUAGAUUUAUUAAGCAUUAUAGUUUCAUUGCUUGGGUAUUCUUUAUUUGAAGCGAUAAAAAGAACUUUGAGAUGCUAGUGAAUGAUUGUGUAGAUAGGUUAUAUAUACAUACAUACAUAACUGUUAAAAAGAGAUUUCAAAUCAAACUGCCAUAACCUAUACAAAACUCAAUAUAGAGCCUUGAAUGAUGAGUUUUGUAGUUGUAGUUGUAUGCCUUUGAUGAAAAUGAUGCAAGUGAUCCUCUAGCAAUAUAUAUAACAGAAAGUAUUAAAGUGAAAAAGUAUUAAUGUCACGUACAUUUCAGUGUCCCUUUGCGCUUCAUGUGUGAUAGAGUCAUGGAAGUGGCUUUUAUAAAGAUCUGUUUAAAAAGAUAUAUAUUUUAAAAAAUAGAAAAAAAAGAUGAAGGUUGCCAUAACUUUUAGAUAAUGCAAUAAGCUUGUAGUGUAGGAAAAUGGGAAAGUGAAGAUAUUCUGCAUAGGAAGCAAAUGCAACUUGCAGAUCUGAAACAUUUUGAAUAGAAAUGUUUGUUUCUUUUACAGUUGCCACUGCAUUUGUCUUAUGUAAAAUUGUUCACAGCCAUGAUUGAGCUUCAUCAAAUAUCACAUUAAAUUUCAAAUCUUUAUUUGAAGUGUCAGGUGUGAUGUAUGAAGAAUCAAUUUUUUUUUUCUUAAAUAUCAGUCACAAAUGCAGCUGUUUUAAGUUAUUGAAACCUGAAUAUAAAUUAUUUUUAUUUAAUACAAAAAAUCAGUCUCAUCUCCCAGUUAGGAUCUAUAUUUAGUAGCUUAGCAUUAGGUAUAAUCAUGUAGGUAAGUGAGGUUGUGAUAUGACAUGACAUAAAAUGGGUAAUAUACGGUAUAUUAUAAUAUGAGUAAUACCAUAUCAGUCUUAAUGUCACACAUCCUCUGUUAGAGCAGUUUCAUUAGUAAGUGUGUUGUUAGUAUAUUGUCUCUCAAAUUAUCCUUUGGAAGGGUGUGACACAUUACAGUCACAAUGUUUGAUAACCCAGUGAUUUUGAAGACAUCUUUUCUCACAAACUUUAUCACAAAUUAUUUUUAGUUUCUUUCUCAUUAUACGGUUGGACCAAUACAUAUUUUUUGGUAACUGUACAUUUAUAGGCUUAUGCCAAGGAAGAACUGUUUUCCCACCUUUUAUGAGAAAAUACCAACAUGUUCCUCUCUCGGUUUAAUAUCACUUGAAAGUUUCCUAUCAAUUACUUUGUCUUUUAUUAUAUUCUUAGAAUUUCUUUUUAUUUGUUUAAAUAGCAUAAUGUACAACUGUUUAUCUAGUUCUGCUCAGUGUUUCCAUUAUAAAGAUCAGCUCUUUACCAACUCUUGCUUGUAACUACUUCAUAGAUCACUUGAUACCCUAGCUCUGACUGUUUCUCCUACUAACAUACAAGCCCUCGCUAUAUGCUACUUGCCUUGUAUGAUUCAAUAUAAACCAAUCAAUAGUUGUACUUUGGCAGAGUUUGAAGUGCAGUGUGAAAAGAAUUACUAGGCGAGUCUAUUUUAGGUGUACCCAUCGGAAUUACAGAAUAAUAGGUCUUUAGUAUCUGUUAACUUAUGGUUAGUGCUGUAUAGUAAUAACUUUUGUGAUGGUUGCUUGUCUUUACUGACAUGACUGAUUAAGUCUUUUUAGCAAAGAGCAGAGGUUAGUGUAGUGUCAGUUGACUUUAGUAGGUGUUCAUUUUCUUAGAAGCAUUAAGUAGAAUUAUAUGUGUUCUAUGGCAAUCAAGUGUGUACCAUGACAGGUUGCUUAAAAGGAGUAUGUGAAUGUAGUGUGGUCAUGUUCUGCUUAGCGUCCUUGAAACAUUUAUUGAAAUGCAAUAUAUGACUUGAACACUAAUUCAAGUCAUAUAUCUACUAAUAGCUAUGGGAUUCUGUAGUGACUCAGUAUUGACUAAUUAGCACUUGUUUGGAUGUAUUUCAUGGAAAUAAACUUAAUCAGAAGGUGUGCUACAAGAGAUGCACAAUGUGCAAAGUUAAACACUGGAUGCCACAGACAUAUAAGCUAUUGGAUAUUUCGGGAAUGGACGUUAUGCAGUGCUUGGUUGAUCAAUGUAGCUUUUACCCCUAGUCUUGCAGAAAUUUUGCUCCAGUAGCUCAUGUAAUUUUUGACCAUAUAAUAUCUGUGAUAUGUAGUUAUACUCAGUUUACUUUUCUGUUGUUUUUCACCAUUGCACGAAAGUGAGAUUAGUCUACUUUUUAAGAUUUGUAUUUUUAGUUAUCACAGAUGAGCAGUAUUAGACUAGAAUAGUUGAGGCUUCAUUAGCACAUAUCUAACACAUAGUACUUGUGUGUGUCAGGCCUCAUAAAAUUUAUAAUUACACACAUGGCAGCUUAUGUGAAUCCUAAUUUUGUUUUGAAGUUAUUGGCUAUAUUUAUCUGAUUUUACCAUAGAUAUUUAUGUUAGUAUUAUCUGAUUUAUUUUGAAGUAUACAUAUUUACAUUAUUUAUAUGCUGUUCAGAUUGUCAUAUAUUUGGCAUCACCAAAAAGGACAUGAAAUAUUUGACAGUGGUUGUAGAAUUCCAGGCAUCCAUUGGCAUUUGUUGUACCAUGUGACGUCCAUUAACCCAUACUGUAGGUCUACAUAUCUCAGUAAGUAAAUGAAAAUACUAGGAUUACUUUUUAUAUAUUUGAUAUCUGUAUUAGGAUACUUUAAGGAUGUAGGCUUGAGUAAUUUCUAUGGAAAACUGGGAAGCAAUUUUCACCAGAUGUUGUAAGCUAGACUAUACAAUUCAUAUAUGUGAAAACUGAAACAUUUGGCAACUUAUUUUAUUCAUAGCGUUAUGAGUGAUUUUGCCUGUCUGCGUGUGUGUGUGUGCAUCAUGUGCAUUUGUUUUGUCUAACAGUUUGGGCAUUAACAUAUUUGUGUCCCUUAACAAGGAAGAUCAGCAAUGCCAAUAGUUUCAUAAUAAUUCUACUACAAAAUGAAGCUUUAUGCCAUAUUUUACUUGCUUCUGUCUAGUCUCGGGUAUUAGCCUCACAGUAAUGUAACUGGGUAAUCUUGGUAUAUCAUGUGUUCAUAACAGCAGAGUUACAAAAGAUUAUACAAUAUGUGUAUUUUAUGACAUGUUUUCUAUAUUAUUACAUAUACUUUCAAAAUAUAUGUUCAGCCUUAACAGGGUAAUUAA